AUGGAGGUAAAACCACUGCCCGGUCACCCCCAGCCUGACUCCGGCCGUCACCGCCGGGGGGAAGAGGGCCAUGAUCCAAAGGAACCAGAGCAGUUGAGGAAACUGUUUAUUGGUGGUCUGAGCUUUGAAACUACAGAUGAUAGUUUGAGAGAACAUUUUGAGAAAUGGGGCACACUUACAGAUUGUGUGGUAAUGAGAGACCCCCAAACGAAACGUUCCAGGGGCUUUGGUUUUGUGACUUAUUCUUGUGUUGAAGAAGUGGAUGCAGCAAUGUGUGCUCGACCACACAAGGUUGAUGGGAGUGUUGUGGAACCAAAUAGAGCUGUUUCUAGAGAGGAUUCGGUAAAGCCUGGUGCCCAUCUAACAGUGAAGAAGAUUUUUGUUGGUGGUAUUAAAGAAGAUACAGAGGAAUAUAAUUUGAGAGAUUACUUUGAGAAGUAUGGCAAGAUUGAAACCAUAGAAGUUAUGGAAGACAGGCAGAGUGGGGAAAAAAGAGGAUUUGCUUUUGUAACUUUCAAUGAUCAUGAUACAGUUGGUAAAAUCAUUGUUCAGAAAUACCACACUAUUAAUGGGCAUAGUUGUGAAGUGAAAAAGGCCCUUUCUAAACAAGAGAUGCCAUCUGCUGUUGGAUCACCAAGAGGCUGUGGAGGGGAAUCUGGCAACUUUAUGGGUUGUGGAGGAAACUUUGGAGGUGGUGGAGGUAAUUUUGGCCGUGGUGGAAACUCUGGUGGAAGAGGAGGCUGUGGUGGUAGAGGUGGUGGCAGCAGAGGAAGUUAUGGAGGAGGUGAUGGUGGUUACAAUGGUUUUGAAGGUGAUGGUGGCAACUAUGGUGGUGGUCCUGGUUAUAGCAGCAGAGGAGGCUAUGGUGGUGGACCAGGAUAUGGAAACCAACGUGGUGGAUAUGGUGGAGGAGGAGGAUAUGAUGGUUACAAUGAAGGAGGAAAUUUUGGAGGUAACUAUGGUGGUGGUGGAAACUACAAUGAUUUUGGUAAUUAUAGUGGACAACAGCAAUCAAAUUACGGACCCAUGAAAGGGGGCAGUUUUGGUGGAAAAAGCUCGGGCAGUCGCUAUGGUGGUGGUUAUGGAUCUGGUAGUGGAAGUGGUGGAUAUGGUAGCAGAAGGUUCUAAAAAAAAAAAAAAACAGAAAAGGGCUACAGUUCUCAGCAGGAGAGCGAGCGAGGAGUUGUCAGGAAAGCUGCAGGUUGCUUUGAGACAGUAGUCCCAAAUGCAUUAGAGAAACUGUAAAAAUAUGCCACAGAAGGAACGAUGAUCCAUAGUCAGAAAAGUUACUGCAGCUUAAACAGGAAACCCUCCUUGUUCAGGACUGUCAUAGCCACAGUUUGUAAAAAGUGCAGCUAUUGAUUAAUGCAAUGUAGUGUCAAUUAGAUGUACAUUCCUGAGGUCUUUUAUCUGUUGUAGCUUUGUCUUUUCUUUUUCUUUUCAUUACAUCAGGUAUAUUGCCCUGUAAAUU